AAGGUCCUAUGGGCGGAUGUUGUUGUCAGGUGACCGCACUUCCCUUUCCCCCGUUUUCCGGGUUGUAACCCAACAUUUUAUUCAUAUUUAACGGAUUCGUGAAGUCGAAAAUGUCUGCAAAGCCGACAUGUUUGAUUGUGUUGAGCGCGUCUCCUCAAGGAGUGUCGGCUAAGUCUUUCCAUCAGUGCUUCAGUCUUUGCUCCUCAGUCUUUAACCUGCAGACUGCCACGCCGGCGGGGAAGUCCAUAGACUUUUUCGGGGUUGAUGAAAGCACGUCCAGAUGGGUGCAGGACUUCAACAUGAAACCUUACGCCACUCCUGCCAAACUUGAAUCCAUCGACGGUGCUCGCUACCAGGCCCUGCUUAUCCCCGACUGCCCGGGAGCGCCCAAUGACCUGGCACACAGCGGCUCUUUGCACCGCAUCCUGUCACACUUCAUCUCCCAGCAAAAGCCUGUGUGUGCGGUAGGACAAGGAGUGUCUGCACUCUGUUGUGCCACAGAAGAACACAGAUGGAUCUUCAAUGGCUACAGCUUGACUGGGCCAUCAGUGUUUGAGCUGGUGCGUAGGCCUGACUUUGCAAACCUGCCAUUAAUUGUGGAAGACUUUGUCAAGGACAGUGGGGGAUCAUACACAGCAAGCCAAGAAGACGCCGUGCACGUGGUCACAGACAGACACCUGAUCACUGGACAGAACAUGCAGUCCACCUGGCUUGCUGUCAACAAUUUAAUUCUGCUUUCUAGCGCCAAGUAAGCUUAGUCAUUUCACAAUUUCAUUGAUCUUGAAGGGAACACUUCAAACAUACACUCGUACUUUGACUUGAACCACAUAGGUGUUUUGUCAGCCACGAAAAAACUAUGUACCCUUUUUUCCACAGAUUCAAGUACUAUUGUUUAAUAUAUUUUGUCUCAUUUUAGAGUUAGUCACUUCAAACAAAAAAAUAAUCUGUGAAACACUUGCCUUUGUAGUGCGAAAUGAUUCCACAAAUCCUGGUGCUGAUGAACAAAGUUUUUAUAGGAGGUCAUAGAAGUAGUCCAAUCCUUGUCCAAGUUCCCAUAAGGAGAUACCUGUACCCAGUUCUUCAGCCAGAGAGAUCCUCAUGUGCACUGACUGGAAAGAUCAAGUAAAGGAACAUGAUUUGUUUUUCCUUAAAACCCUAAACACCAAUUAUAUAAUGGGACAACUAGACUUUACUAUUAACACUGCCUGUAAAAGUGGAAAACAAAACAUUGAUAAAUAAAACAUUUCCAUAGUACAGUAAAAGAUCACAACAAGAUUGUUCAGAUUGUCUAGAAGACUUGCACCUCUUACUUAGCAGACUUCAUCAGUUAAUACUGACAAACUUAGACAUGACAGCUCUAGUCUGAGAGGAUGGUGCUGGAUCUUAAUAAUUAUCAUUUACAGGUAGUGGCAUGCCCAGACAAGGAUGCUUUCAAAAACUGUCCUUUUGCAACACAAUACAGCGAAAUGUCUUCUAAGACGAUCUUAACAGUCCAGCUGUGCUCGAUUCAAUUACCAGGAUGAAUGAGAAUAUUCACAGGCAUAGUAAAAAAUGUACCUUCAAGGAUGGAUAGUACACAACAUGCUUAACCCCGUUGCUCCUGAAAUUAAGACCAGGCAGAAUUGCGUUAGUUGUACAGAUAAAAGUCAAUAAAGUUGUAUUGACCGUAUGACACUGUCCAUCGUUACCUCUUGUAUGUGAAGUAAUGCUCAGCAGAAUAUUCGUCCCAGAGGAGUUUGGGUCUGUGUUCACGUAAAAUCUCUACAUACCUGCACACACACACACACACACAAACACACACACACACAGUGACUCUUCCAUCCUACUAACAUUUUAAUCAUAUUAAAGUACAGUGUUCUCUCGAAUAUUGUGGGACCCCAGCCCUGUGGUAAGUUCAUUUCUGCCAAGUAGCGAUGUUAUUCAUUCAAUAUUCAUUUCCAAACUAUAUGCAUUCGUCUUUAUAUUCCCUCCACACCGCUUUCACUAGGGAUGAUGUUUGAUAAGAAAAGAACCGAUUCCAUGGCAUCGAAUCUCUUUUUGAGAACCGGUUCC